UAAACCAGUUGCCACGAUGCCAACGAUUGCUGUUGUUGGUGCAGGAAUUGUAGGUCUUACCACGGCUGCCCAUAUUCAGUCACUCUUGCCUCAAGCACAGGUGACGAUUAUUGCUGAUAAGUUCAAUGGAGACACAACAAGUGACGGGGCGGCAGGACUUCUGCUUCCAGCGGCCAACUUCAGAGGCCCCACAUUUGAUAUCACUAAAGAUUGGAUAGCAUAUUCUUACAAAUAUUAUGAACAGUUAUUGCAAGAAAACUGUGGAGUUUAUGAAAUCUCUGGAUUCAUGUUGUCAUCUGUUCGAGAGGAAGAUGUCAAGAAUGAGCUGAUGGUAGGAGUAGCGGCAGAGUUCCGACCUGCCACACAUCAGGAACUUCUGCAAUAUCCUGGCAACUGGAAGUAUGGCUCCUUCAUGACGACUUUACUGAUUUGCUGUAGAACUUUCCUUCCUUGGCUACUUGAACGAAUCAAGUCGAGAGGAGCCACAGUGGUGAAGAGGACAGUUCAGGAUCUGAAGGAGUUGUCAGGGAGUUACGACGUUGUAGUCAACUGCUCGGGACUACAGGCACGUUGGCUCUGCGACGACAUCCAUGUUGCUCCCAUCCGGGGACAGAUAGUCAAGGUGAAAGCACCGACAGUAGAUAAAUUCUUGUUCGGCGAUGGUCCUGACACAUACAUAAUACCCAACGGAGACGGCUUGGUAUCACUUGGAGGGACAUGUCAAUACAACGUGUGGGAGCCUACUGUCAGGGCCCAUGACUCUGUAGGUAUCAAAGCUAGGUGCUCAGCCAUACUGCCAAGUCUGCAAUCCGCACCUGUAGCUUGGGAGUGGGCUGGACUGAGGCCUUACAGACAUUGUGUCAGAGUGGAGCCGGAGUGGUUUGGUUCAUCCAAGGUAGUACACAACUACGGACAUGGUGGAUACGGGGUAACAUCAGCCCCAGGCACAGCCCGUGAUGCUGCCAGGCUGGUGUUGCAACUCGUCAACUCUCACUCCAAACUGUGAUAUCCAACAUUUACAUCAAUACAAUCCCAAGACCCUCUCAAUGAGUAUAGCUAACCUAGUGUCUUGUUCUAAAUGUGAAUCUUUAGUAGAGACGCCAAUUGUUUAGUUUUUCUUCUUUCUGGAAUUUGUAGCUUUAGUUAGGCUUACUUAUUAUCACAGAUAAGGCAUUAUAAAUUAUUAGUUGUUGAUAACUUCGAAACAAUGGCAUUUAAGUGUAAAAAAACAACAUUAACUAACUCUUACUGAAAAAUUUUUGUUUUGUUUUUAAAGUUCAUAAUUGCGAAGGAUAACUAUUUUAAUUUUAGUUUAUGAACUUUUCAUACACUAGUGUGGAUUUUUUUACAAUUAUUAGCCCGCUGAAGUUGUGACCUCGCUAUGGAACUUCUCUCUCUGGAAUAACCUACAUAAAGUGUUAACCAAAAAUACAAAUACUAUACUGUU